GUAGAUUAUAGUACCUAUAGCCAAGCUGCAGCCCAGCAGGGCUACAGCGCGUACGCACCUCAGCCAGCGCAGGGAUAUGCACAGACCACCCAGCAGACUUAUGGGCAGCAGAGUUACGGGACAUACGGCCAGCCCGCCGACGUGAGCUACACGCAACCGCAGACGACGGCGACGUACGGGCAGACCGCGUACGCGACGUCCUACGGGCAGCCCCCGACCGCACCUGCGGCCUCGGGAGCCGCGAAGGCCUCCUACGCAGCCCCGUCCGCCUAUGGCACCCAGCCCGCCUACCCCAGCUACGGGCAGCAGCCGGCCACGUCAGCGCCCGCCAGACCCCAGGAUGGCAGCAAACCAGCAGAGACGAGCCAGCCCCCGUCGAGUACGACGGGCUACAGCCAGCCCGGCCUGGGCUACGGCCAGAGUAACUACAGUUAUCCUCAGGUGCCUGCCAGCUACCCCAUGCAGCCCGUCACGGCGCCUCCAUCCUAUCCUCCCACCAGCUACUCCUCCACGCAGCCGAGCAGUUACGAUCAGAGCACUUACUCGCAGCAGAGCAGCUACGGGCAGCAGAGCAGCUACGGGCAGCAGACGAGCUAUGGGCAGCAAAGCAGCUACGGGCAGCAGCCUCCCCCAACCAGUUACCCGCCCCAGACGGGAUCCUACAGCCAGGCCCCCAGCCAGUACAGCCAGCAGAGCAGCAGUUACAGCCAGCAGAGUUCGUUCCGUCAGGACCAUCCCAGCAGCAUGAGUGUCUACGGACAGGAAUCCGGAGGCUUUUCAGGCCCGGGAGAGAACCGGAACAUGAGCGGCCCCGAUAGCCGGGGCAGGGGCAGAGGGGGAUAUGAUCGCGGAGGCAUGAGCAGAGGUGGGCGGGGAGGAGGACGCGGUGGAAUGGGCAGCGCUGGAGAGCGAGGUGGCUUCAAUAAGCCUGGUGGACACAUGGAGGAAGGACCAGACCUUGAUUUAGGCCCUCCUAUGGAGCCGGACGAGGACUUGGACAACAGCUCAGUUUAUGUGCAGGGACUCAAUGACAAUGUGACCCUGGAGGAUCUGGCAGACUUCUUCAAGCAGUGCGGUGUUGUCAAGAUGAACAAGAGGACUGGGCAGCCUAUGAUCCACCUGUACAUCGACAAGGAAACGGGCAAGCCCAAAGGAGAUGCCACAGUGUCCUACGAUGACCCGUCCACUGCCAAAACGGCCAUAGACUGGUUUGAUGGGAAGGACUUCCAGGGGAGCAAGAUCAAAGUGAGCCUCGCGCGGAAGAAGGGCCCGAUGAACAGCGUGCGGGGCGGGCUGCCGCCGCGCGAGCCGCGCGGGAUGCCGCCCCCGCUCCGCACAGGUGGUACCCCCGUCGCGCGAGGCAGAGGUGGAGACAGGGGUGGCUUCUCCUCGAGGGGACCCCGGGGAUCCAGAGGAAACCCCUCCGGCGGGAGCGUCCAGCACCGCGCCGGGGACUGGCAGUGUCCCAAUCCGGGAUGCGGAAACCAGAAUUUCGCCUGGAGAACGGAGUGCAACCAGUGCAAGGCUCCCAAGCCAGAAGGGUUCCUGCCGCCCCCUUUCCCCCCUCCAGGUGGAGAGCGCGGUAGAGGCGGCCCCGGUGGGAUGAGAGGCGGAAGAGGAGGUGGCCUCAUGGACCGCGGGGGACCCGGCGGCAUGUUCAGAGGUGGCCGUGGCGGCGACAGAGGCGGCUUCCGUGGGGGUCGGGGCAUGGAUCGAGGCGGCUACGGCGGAGGAGGACGGCGAGGAGGAGGACCUGGCGGCCCUCCCGGGCCGCUCCUGGAGCAGAUGGGAGGCGGAGGCCGAGGCGGGCGGCGCGGCGGACCAGGAAAGAUGGACAAGGGGGAGCACCGCCAGGAGCGCAGAGACCGGCCCUACUAGAGGCGCGCCCGCCCGGCUUCAUUUACUACCAGAUUUAUUUUUUAAACCAGAAAAUGUUUUAAAUUUAUAAUUCCAUAUUUAUAAUGUUGGCCACAACAUUAUGAUUAUUCCUUGUCUGUACUUUAGUAUUUUUCACCAUUUGUGGAGAAACAUUAAAACCAAGUUCAAUGGAAGUGUGCAGAGUUGU